CCUUCUCCCUUAACAUUUGUCUCCUACCAAAUAAGAAAAUGAUGUCAAGGAUCUUCAUCAUCGUGGCAUUGUUCAUGUGUGUGACCUUGGCAAGUACUAACACGCCAUCUUCAUCCGUUGAAGAUGAAUCACCAUCCCUAAGGAGCACGAGCCAUUUUUUUGACCACUACAACCCUAGAGCAUCUAUGACAUGUGAUAAGUUCCCUAGGGUUUGUCGAGCGACGGGGAGCCCCGGCCCUGACUGCUGUCGAAAACACUGCGUGGAUGUAAUGAUCGACAAUCUCAACUGCGGUGAGUGUGGGAUGAAAUGUAGGUAUGGAGAGGCUUGCUGUAGUGGUAAUUGUGUGAACAUAAUGUAUGAUGCCAAGAACUGUGGAGGAUGCAAGAUCAGAUGCAAGAAGGGCAAUUUUUGCAAGUAUGGGAUGUGUAGCUAUGCUUAAGAGAAUUCUUUUGGCCAAGAAGGGAAAUUAUAAGUGCAAAUAUGAUUUGUAGGUACAGCUUGAAAUAAGGAUUUGGAUUUGUUAGUGUGUAAUUGUAAGAGAUUGUAGUCAUGAUUGACUUAUUAUUUG